AUGGGCAAUCCUAAGCGCAUGAGCGAAAUAUUCGCAUCGUCGUCGGAAAAAGACGCUAAUACGACUACUGUAACGGCAACACCACCAUACUCGAGCGAAGGACCUACACUUCCAAUUAUCGGAGCACAAGAGGGCGCAGUAAAAGUUGCAGAUUCUAGGAUACCCAACAAGAAGCGGAAAGCACAAGAGAGGAUUGCUGAUACAGCGACGAAAAAGCCGUCGCAACCACAAUCUCCGCCUACUAUUCACCCAUCGCUGUAUGAACCAUGGACACGUCUUCCCGCCGAGCUGCGCAAGCUUCUAGAGACACAGAAAUAUGUUCGGGGGACACGAAACGUCAUUCCAGUCGUGUUCUCAAAGAACCAAAAUGUCAAGUCGGGUAUCAACAAACUCAAGACAUAUUUGGGCGCAUACAAGGAUCCAGCUUCUACGAUUGAUAUGCCCGAUGCACUGAAAGAAGAGGAUCUCGCAAUAGCUGUAUCUGCACAAGGCGAGGGGACAACGAAGCUAGUUGGCAUUGUGGACAUGGUCCGUCGGAUUGUAGCGCCCAAUACGAAAGAGGACAAAGGAAAGGUGGAAACAUGGUGGAUGUACACAAUGCUCACGAGUGUGGAGGUUGAGCGGAAGAUCAAGUCAUCAGACACAGUUGGUCAGAACAAAGCAGAGGCUAAGAAAUCUGAGGCCUCGCAAGAAGAAGAGGAAGCUUUUGAGCCCAUGGAAGUCGAUGAACACGAAGCACAGGCAACGACCGCGGCGGGAAGCAAAACUCAAACAAAGAAGGUACCAGUGUUGACGGUCUGGAUGACAAAGAAGAAGAUAUCCGCCUUGAAGAACGCAUUCGGAGAGCAGUCGUUCCCCGUACAGAAGCUACCAGAGGACUCAGAUUGA